ACACACACACACACACCCUGUCCCGCUCUCACACUCAGCUCAGACUGACAGCAGCGAGUGGAGGCGCAGACACACUGCGGGACGGGACCGAGGAACCAGGAUCUCGCUGAGGAUUUUAGGACGCUGCUUUAGUGUGUGUGUGUGUGUGUCCUGGUUUGUGUGUGUGCGUGUGUGUGUUAGUGAUGGCACUCCAGCUUACACUCCCGGUGUGUGUGUUCAUGCUGUUGUGCUCAUGUGUGUGUGGCUUUAACCUGGAGACCACUGACACGCUGAGCAAAGAGGGAGAACACGGCAGCUUCUUCGGCUUCUCACUCGCCCUCCACACACAGACCACCCCCCAUCACCAGAGCUGGAUCCUAGUGGGGGCGCCGCGAGCUCGAGGUCUCGGUCACCUGCGUCACACUCACACAGGUGCGCUGUAUCGCUGUCCAAUCACAGCCGAGGAGUUUGACUGUGAGCGAGUCGACAUCGAUGGAGACGUGAGUUUGGACAGAGAGAGUAAAGACAAUCAGUGGCUCGGUGUGACGGUGAAGAGUCAAGGCAUCGGAGGAAAAGUCGUGACGUGCGCUCACCUUUACGAACUCCGUCAGCGCGUUAAUCAGGUGUCUGAAACUCGCGAUCCGAUUGGCCGAUGCUACGUGCUGAGUGAAGACCUGAGUGAGAGAGAUGACCUGGACGGAGGAGAAUGGAAGUUCUGUGAAGGUCGUCCUCAAGGUCACGAGCAAUUUGGUUUCUGUCAGCAGGGACUAGCAGCAAGCUUCACCCCCGAUAAUAACUACAUCCUGUUCGGAGCGCCGGGAACCUACAACUGGAAAGGUGAGAUGCGCGUUCAGCUGCUCAACCAAACGGUGUUGGAUUUGGGUUACUAUGACGACGGGCCAUAUGAAGUGGCGGAUGAGAAACAGUUAAAUGCUGCGUUAAUUCCUCUUCCAUAUCACAGCUACCUGGGUUUUUCGGUGGACUCGGCUAAAGGAGUGAUGCAGCACUCGGAGCUAACGUUCGUAGCCGGAGCUCCUCGUGCUAAUCACACUGGCGCCGUGGUGCUGCUGAAGAAGGACAGCACGUACCGCCUCGUCCCCGAGUUCAUCCUGUGGGGGGAGGAGCUAGCGUCCUCGUUUGGAUACUCCGUCUCUACCACAGACCUUAACCAGGACGGGUGGACGGAUAUAAUCGUGGGAGCGCCGAACUUCUUUGACCGUAAGGCGGAGAUCGGGGGGGCGGUGUACGUGUUCCUGAACCCCGCCGGUCACUGGGAGGAGGCGCGGCCCAUCCGCCUCAACGGAACCUACGACUCCAUGUUCGGCAUGACGGUGAGCGCCGCGGGAGACCUCGACCUCGACGGAUACGCAGAUUUUGCGGUUGGUGCUCCGUUUGAUGGACAGGGUAAAGUUUUUAUUUUCAGAGGUUCAGCUGAAGGAAUCGACACUAAACCAUCUCAGGUUCUGGACGGAUUAAAUGCAGGAGUGUCCCGUUUCGGUUACUCCAUAUCCGGAGGUUUGGAUAUUGAUGGGAAUCUGUACCCGGACCUGGCGGUCGGAUCCCUCAGUGACCAGGUGGUUCUGUUCAGGUCACGGCCGGUGAUCCAUGUGAACAGGGACAUUUCAGUGGAGCCGCAGCACAUCGACCUGACGCAGCACAACUGUAAGGGCCGAGACGGCGUGUGUGUGGAGGUGAAGGCCUGUUACAGCUACAGAGCUCAGCCCGAGUCUUACUCACCUUACAUCACUCUCGGGGUUCACUUCGAGGCGGACACUGAGCGCAGGAAGUCGGGGCUGCAGCACAGAGUUCAGUUCCUGGGUCGAAGGUCAUCUGAGCCUGAAUACAUUCAUUCAGAAGAGCUCGAGCUGAGAGGCCAAAAUCAACCAGCCUGCCAGACGGCCACCUUCAUACUGCAGGAGGGCGUCAGAGAUAAACUGCGUCCGGUGUCUCUCGCUAUCACACACACCGUAAAGAGGACGCGGCACGACGGACGCGGCGGCGAUCACACGCACCAGCGUCUGGGCCGACUGACCCCCGCGCUGAGUCUCACCCCCCCUAACACACUCCACUCCGAGGUGAACUUUAUCAGAGAGGGCUGCGGUGAUGACAACAUCUGCCAAAGUAACCUGAAACUGAACUACAGAUUUGGGACACGACCCUCAAUUUCAGAUCUCUUCACUGCUUUACCAAUAGGGGAGGAUGGUGUGCCCGUGUUUUCUCUUUCUGAUCAGAGGUCAGUGGUUUUGGAGGUGACAGUGACGAACACGCCCUCUGAACCCGCCCACCCCGAGGAGGAUGGAGACGAUGCUCACGCUGCUCAGCUCACACUCACACUGCCACACACACUCACCUACUCUGGGGUCAGGGGUCAGGUGGUGUGUGAGGCGAAUCAGAAUGGCUCCCAGGCAGAGUGUGAGCUCGGAAAUCCACUAAAGAGAGAUGCUGUGUUGACGUUCUACGUUAUUUUGAGCACCUCAGGCAUCACCGUGGAAACCACCUCUUUAUCAGUCGACCUGCAGGUGUCCACGAUCAGUGAGCAGCUCCACCUGUCUCCUGUUACAGCUCUCGCUCGAGUAGUGAUCGAACUUCCUCUCACUGUCAGCGGAGUGGCUCGUCCUCAUCAGCUGUUCUUCAGUGGGACGGUUCGAGGUGAGAGUGCGAUGGAGACACUGGAGCAAACAGGAAGUGAAGUGGAGUUCGAGUUCACUGUGUCUAACAGCGGUCAGUCCCUGCAGACUCUCGGCUCGGCGUUUCUCAACAUCAUGUGGCCUCACGAGCUGACGAAUGAAAAAUGGCUGCUUUACCCGACGAGUUUACACUCGGACCGUCCACACACACACUGCACACACCGCUCUGCACUCAACACACUCGGCCUCAAACACACACUUCAUACACACCACACACACACACAGCAGCUCCAGGUUAGGAAGACUCGCUCGUAUCCUGAGGAUGACGGACAAGAGCCGGUGAAGAACAGCAUAUACGACAACACACCAGCCGUCGCUGCUAACGAGAGACGCAAAUCCCUCAAACUGGACUGUGCGUUAGGCUCGGCGAGGUGUGUGGUGUUUCAGUGUGCGCUGCAGAAUUUCUCCGGUUCUGCAAAGUUCACAAUCAAAGCUCGUCUCUGGAACAGCACAUUUAUAGAGGAGUUUUCGGCGGUCAGUGUGUUGGAGGUAUUGGUCAGAGCGAACAUCUCAGUGAAGUCUAGCAUAAAACAUCUGGUGCUGAGAGACGCUGCUGCACAGGUAUCAGUGAUGGUGUAUCCUGAGCUGAGUGUGUUGGAUCAGUCGUGGGUUCCAUGGUGGAUUAUCCUGAUCGCUAUAUUAGCUGGAGUGAUCGUCCUCGCUGUGAUCGUCUGCAUCCUGUGGAAGUUUGGUUUUUUCCGGAGGUCUCCGUAUAAGGACAGCGUUCCUCAAUAUCAUGCAGUGAGAAUCCGGCAACAGGAACGUUCUCACCUCCACCCUGACCUCCAGCCUGAAAAACUCCUCAAACCUGAAAAACCUCCCACAUCACACAUCAAACAGUGGAGGACACGGUGGAGCGACGGCACACACUGACACUCACUCACACACCCACACACACACACACACACACACACACACACACACACACACACACACACACAGAGUUACUUCAGCAUGUGCUAAUAAUCAGUUAAAUGUUUUGAAACACAACAGCAUUAUAGUAGAGACUUAGGAGGCUGCCUACUUAGGGAACAGGAACAGGGCAUGUCUUUAUGGUCUAUCUGUGGAAAAGGGCGUGUCUUUAUGGUCUAUCUGGGGAAAAGGGCGUGUCUUUAUGGAAUAUGGGCAUAUGUUUGAAUCCAUAUAUGGAAAUCGUGGCAGUGAGUAUGUAGGGAAUGUGCGUGUGUCUUUUGCAUGUAUAUAGAAAUGAGAGGAUUGAAGAAAAGGCCUUUAUUCAUCACACAUACAUUACAGUACAGUGAAAUGCUUUUCUUCACAUAUCCCAGCUUUUUGAAAGUUGGGGUCAGAGGUCAGGGUCAGCCACGACAGUGCACCUGGAGCAGAGAGGGUUAAGGGCCUUGCUCAAGGGCCCAAUAGUGGCAGCUUGGCGGUGCUGGGGCUUAAACCCCAACCUUCUGAUCAGUAACGCAGAGUCGUUAGCCACCACUGGCCCUGCCCCACUGCUGAGUGGGCGUGUCUUUAAGGCCAUAAAAAGGAGGAUGUGUCCUUAGGUGACAAUAUGUGAGCGUCUUCAAGUAUGAAACUGUAAGAAAGUAGGAAAGUCAUUAGCAUUCUAUAUGUGUAUAUGUUUUUUUUUUAAAGAUUUUAGAUAGUUAGCAAAAAUGAUGUGAUUGCUAAGAAAACAUCCGAAUACAAUCAUGAAAUCACUUUUGUGUGCUGAAUAAGAAUGUUUAUGGGGCAUGUCUUUGUAUUUAUAUAUGAGCGAGAUGGACACACCCACUUUUCCACAGACAAACCCUCCUCCUUACUUUGGACAAAAGUGAAAAAGCAUCUUCUGGAAAUCCUAUAAUUCUGUUAAAGUCUGCAAAGAAAUGUCUCAGAUACAAAACUGAAAAAAAAAAUCAUAAACUGUGAUCAAAUCUAAUAUUAGCUUGUGGCUGCUUUUACAUUCAACUGGUAGCAAUAAAUGCUGUAUGUUCAAGGGCAAAACACACACACACACACACACACACACACACACACUAUAAAUGUAUAUCUAUGCUGCUGAGUGGCACAUUCUUUUUUUAUUAGCUUAAUUUUAAUCUAAUCUAAACAUGCUAAGUUAGCUAACAUGCUAGGAACACUUGAGCUUAUACUAUAACACUUGAGAUUCUUCUGUAGCCUUAUCUAGAACAAUUCAGAUAAUUUCAAUUCAACAAUUCAGGUGCCCUCUAGUGGGCAAACGUGAGAAUAUUUUCACUAAUUAAGCGUUCCUGAAGAUUUUUUCAGGAAAUAAAUGUCUGCUGCGUGACGUUCCUGAUGUUUUGUUUCUCUGUUAAAUCAAUGUUUAAGGUUUCAGACUUAGUCAUAAUUUGUUCACAUUAUUAUUUUUUUUAUGAAUUUUCACAGUUGCUCAAAUCACUAUGUCUUUUUAGACAUUGGUUCUUUAAUUCUUUACUGUAUAAAUAUAAAAAAAGACGAGCUGCAGGUUUCAGAAACUCUUCUUUAAAGGAAGCUUCAGUAGUUUGUGUGUUAUUUGUCAUUUCUGAUGCAAGUGCCUUACAGGAACAUCACUGAGUUUAUUUACCAGCUGUUUUACACAUACUUCAAAAUAAAAUUUAAAAUAAAUAAAUAGAUGAUUUCUUCAGUUAGAGCAGAAAACUGCAGCAUGGCGUAGUAAUUAACAAACUAAACGAUAUAACGAUGUUCAUGUGACUCACUUUGGUGAUGUGAUUUUAUCAAACUUCCUGCUCAAGUGAAUUAAACUAACGUGAUUUUAAAAGAUUUGACUCGACUCUGUGUCACUUUAAUGAUUCAGGUUGUUACUGUUUAAAUGAAUCAGUGAGACUUUUUAAUUUGAUUGAUUUGAUUCUUUUAAACCACUGAUUCUCUUAAUUUGUCAUUUUUACUCGUGUUAUUGAUUAAGUUUUUGCCAGCUACCAAUUUAAUGUACGUUUUGAUUCCAAUUCAAUUCAAUUAAAUUAAAAUGUCAAUUAAAUAAUUUGACUCCUUUUGAUUGACUGUAAGUGAAUCAAACUGUAGAAGUUUUAAUUCAUUUGAUUCUAUGUUGCAAUUAAAUUUAAUUUUUUGAGUAAAUUAAGUAUAUAUUUGACUUACCAAUGCAACUCAUUUUAUUAAAUCUUUCUAAAUCACCCAUGCAAAUGAACGUUUAUUGUGCUUUAAUUAUUUAUUAUUUAAUUAUUUAUUACAACUAACUAAAAAAGUAUAAUUUUUGCUUUUAGUGUGUAAAAUAACUUGAAAAUUUAUUCUUCUGAUUCAUUUCAUAAGGAGUUGCUGAAAGAAAGGCUAGUUGAUGAGUCACUCGUGCUGCGGUUAUUCUGCUGCUGUGGGCUGAUGUUUGGUUCUAAUGAGGAAUAUUUCAUUUAAACACAACUUUAACAUUCAUGCAACUGUUUCUCACCUGAAGCCUCAUAAAUAACUGCUGCAUUAUUUUAUCCAAAGGUCACCUGCUGAUUUAUAUUUAAAGUAGUUAAAAAUGACACACACACACACACACACACACACACACACAGAGGAAGUGUGUAUAAUUAUAAUAAUGUGUGGAAUGAAGUAAGACUCUGUGCAUGAUUAUUGCUGGACAAUCUGAUAUUAAAUCUGAUAUUAAAUCUGAUAUUAAAUCUGAUGUUAAAUCUGAUAUUAAAUCUGAUGUUAAAUCUGAUAUUAAAUCUGAUAUUAAAUCUGAUAUUAAAUCUGGUGUUAAAUCUGAUAUUAAAUCUGAUAUUAAAUCUGAUGUUAAAUCUGAUAUUAAAUCUGAUGUUAAAUCUGAUAUUAAAUCUGAUAUUAAAUCUGAUAUUAAAUCUGAUAUUAAAUCUGGUGUUAAAUCUGAUAUUAAAUCUGAUAUUAAAUCUGGUGUUAAAUCUGGUGUUAAAUCUGGUGUUAAAUCUGGUGUUAAAUCUGAUAUUAAAAGCAUGAAACACUGAUUUUCUCUUUUGGUCAUGUGACCUGCCGAUUAUAUUCAUGUUACUGUAAAUUUAUAAAAAACUGUAUCAUAAAGGAUGAGUGAAAGAUUAGUGAAUGUUA